UUUUGCUCUGCUUGUAGUGUAGUAGUCCACAGAAGAGUCAAGUUGGAGACAAGGGACUGUCAGCCUCCUCUCUCUGUAUUGUUGUGAAGUAGUGUUUGAAUAGUAUUAGAGAGAAGAAAACAAGUUUAACAGAGGUUUCUAGUAGGGUUAGUUGAUAAUAGCCUGAGUCAAACAGAGUUCUGCUACUUUUUUCUGCUCAACAUCCAGACAACCAUGGAGUGGGGAUUACCCCGUUGGUCAUCACUCUGGGGAGAGAAGUCCAUGUUGUGGUUUUGCUGCGUUCUGUUCUUCAUAGCUGGAGGUAAAGGCGACUUGUCCCACGCCCCCUCCACUCUAGGUGUCUCAGCCCCCCACCUGUACUACACCUGUCCCGAGGGUGCAACCGUCCACCUGCUUUGUGUCCAGAGAGGUGCCGCUUUGCACUCCCAUGAUGUCUUGAAGCGUAGCUGGCUUUUCACGCCCCACAGUGAUCAGCGCUGUGUGGGACGGACGGGCCCACGCAAUACUAUCGUUGGUCAUUUCCAUGGCAACCACAGCUUGCCGCCAGGGUUGCAAUAUGGAACUUCGGAGCACAACUUCUGGGUGGCUCUGCAGAAUGUGACCCAUGCUGACCAGGGUCGCUACUGCUGUAUGGUCCUAGACUUCCAGGUGGAACAUCAACACGGCUCCCUCGUGCAGAAACCCCACAGCCACGUUAUUCUCCAAGUUACACCACGGAGAAAUGGGUCUCAAAACUGCACUGUCUGGGAUCCCACGCUAGGCGGAGGCUCUGUGCCAGAGGCCUUAGCAGCGACCAUAGCAGCCUGCAUCGGGGCUCUGCUCCUUCUGCCUAUUAUUCUGGUGCUGGUGUACAAACAAAGGCAGAACGCCCAGUCGAGCAGACGUGCACAGGAGCUGGUGAGGAUGGACAGUGACGCUCUUGGCCAUGAGAACCCUGUGUUCCUUGGGGGAUCACCGCAGAUUAAGACCCGCACCGUUUCUCAGAUCAUGGCCAGGCAAUCCUCAGAGACAGGACGCCACCUGUUGUCUGAGCCAGGAACCCCCCUUUCUCCUCCGGUACAUGGGGAUGUUUUCUUCCCAAUAGAAGACACCAUCCUCGAGUCUCCAGACCUCGUGCAGGUUUAAAGGGGGUUGGGACCUCGUUCAUCGCUUUAACUGCUGACCUGGAAACGGUUCAGCAACUCUCUUCCUCUUCUUUCUGACUCCAGAGCAAUGUUGCCCUUAACAGCUGUCUCACAAUAACCUCUGCUGGGAUUGUCGUCUGUACAUUGUCUGGACCGCGGGAGGGAACGGACUGCGGUUUUUAUUCAGAAACUAUUUCCACCUGCAACAACAGCUGGAGGCCAAAAGCAAACUUUUGACUCGUGGACCAACAGAUGCCCCCUGCUUGAGAAGAAUCCAGAGUGUUGAGGGGUGAGGGGCCCACCAUGUGCAGGGGUGAUAAACAGUUUCUGUGGACUCAAGGGCUGGUUUCACACCUAGCUUGUUUGGUGCAGUUCAAAUGAACUAGGGUGUAUUUACUUACUUGUUUUGGUUCAUUUAGGCUGGGUGCACUCACGCACAAUCUCCCAUAUAAUGACACAAGAUCAUUUAACAACCAUGAUAACAUGUUAUGUAUGUGCAGGGAUAUUAUAAAUCAGGAAGUGAAAAUGGGUUUCAACAGAAGUGCGUGUUACUUGCAUGUUACAUAACAACAAGCUGUCACAGUGAUAAAUACAGUAUUAUGAAUCACCUGCUGUCAGUUACCGGAGUAAACUUGGUUUUUGAUUUGCCUUUCCUCGUCCAUAUAGCGCUGAUAAUGAAGGAUGACGAUCACCAAAACUGUCCAGUGAAUGAUUUAUCUGCCAGUCCAUGUGACAUCAUGUUAACACGUCUCACUUCAAUUGUAAUAAGUCAGUAUGAACGCAAAAUAGACUGGAACCAAAAGACAAACUACUUUUUUUAACCGAACCACAGGUGUGAAAGCGACUGAACGCUCUCUCUUAUAAUAAAGUGCUCUACAAGCUUCAAACCAAAGGAGGCGCAAUCAUCAGAGAAGUCUCAAUAUUCUUAUGCAGGUUGAGAGUAAUUUGUUUUUAUGGCAUUACACUGUUCCUCUGUAUCAUUUCCACUUGGCCUCAGCUUUUUUUCUCUUCCCUCUUUGCUACCUCAGUUACUGUCAGCUAUGCUGCUCUAAAUACUCUCCUUCCUUCCUGUACUCUCAGAGACGCAGCACUUCACAGUGGCCUUAAAUAGAUCAAGAAAGUAUGUUGUAAAAAAACAAAGAGUUGGAUAUUUUUUAUAGUAGUGUAAAGUUAGAUAAUUAAGAAUAAAAUGUUUAUUGAUUUUCUCUCGAAUGUAUCCAGAUAAAAAAAACAUCAUCAUAAAACUGCCACCAGUUGAAUCACUGCCAUCUCAACACUGUUCUGAAUCCAUUUUGUUCUGUUAUCAUGUGUCUUGAUUUAAUUGAUGUGUAUAUUAAUGUUUAUUCAGAUUUUUUUUUUGUGCGUGCAAUGUGAUGUUAAUAAGUAAAUACUUUUUAGCACCAAAUUAUAUCAAGGUAGAUUGAGAGAGAAGUGAUUGCAAGGGAUUGUACUCUUAUUAUUACUUAUAGGUUGUGUGUGACUGUGAGAAACCACACUGUGGUUUUUUCAUAUCGAGGUAAAAUGUGUUCAGCAGGUGCUCAGCGGAAAUAAUCUCCGGAUGAUGUGUAGCAGGUAUAUAGGACAGGGUAUGUUUGUAUGCUGUAUUAAGAUCUGAAAACUCUGUUUGAGUAUUUGUGUUUUCAAGUGUGCCUGUGUGUGCGUCUGACUGCGUGUGUGUGUGUUUUACGGGUUACGGGUUAAAGUUUCAACCUUUAUGGUCUGGUUUAAAUGUGUGUGUGCAUGCAAUUCUGCAUCUGUAUGUUUGUGAUUGUGUGUUUUAUACUGUAAAAAGCUUAUAUUAGACAUAGACAUGGAGAGGUGCUGUAAAGGCACGUUUAUUCUGUAUAUUGCAUUUAAAUUGUCCUGGUUGUAGCUCGUAUGAUAAUAAAGUGGAGCUCCUUAAAGCCA